AUGUAUCCCCAGCCUUCGAGAUCUGAGCCUUCCCAGCUGUCCACGUUCAAGCCCACUCGUGAUAUUAACGUUUAUGAUCUCUCCGCGGAUGAAGCCAGUACCACGGGCUUGCAAAACGAGACUUCGGUGCUUUCCAUCGACCAGGAGGAGACACUCGCGCUUCUAGGGAUAUUUACUCUUACGGUUUUGAAGGGAUCUGUUUCUAUACUCGGUGUAACGUUAUCCGCCUCAAAGACAGUUCACCAUGUGUUCGCCCCUCGUUCUGCUCCGAUCCCCAUUUUGCAAUGCGCCUCAUCGAACGUACACACCGACUUAAACAUAUAUCCUCUUCCUCCUCGCGUGAGACAGAAUCACGGCGGAGCUGUAGUGGCAAUUCGAUCGCUCGAUACGGGAGUGGAGGGUCUCGGACGUGUAUGUCGCGUCUUUGAUGGAGUUUUCGAACCUUCGCGUUGGCACCGGAGCUCGGCAGAAGUUAUACGGCCUGGCGUGCACUUGAUGACGCACAGCGACAGGGAUGUGCUACCGUUCGUAUUGCCAGAAUCGUGGAGUAUUGCCCUGAGCGCGGCAGAGACGCCACCAUCUCCCAUACCACUCCCCGUUUAUGUUGUCAAGGGUCCGAAAAAGUCCGGAAAGAGUACAUUUGCUCGGACGCUCUUGAACAGGCUUCUAACAAGAUUUCAGCGCGUCGCAUAUCUUGAAUGCGACGUAGGGCAGUCCGAAUUUACACCUGGGGGGUUGGUCGCCUUAAAUAUCAUAGACAAACCGGUAUUCGGCCCGCCUUUUACACAUCCCAGUCUUCCAUACCGAGCGCACUACGUUGGAGCGACUUCACCACGGUGCAGUCCGGCACACUAUCUUGCGGCCGUUCAAGCGCUCCUCGAAACGUACAAGUUCGAGAUUCAAACUUCGAUGCCUGAUGACGAGUCGAUCGACACGCGGGUCACCGACAUUAUUCCCCUGGUGGUCAAUACAAUGGGGUGGACGAAGGGUCUUGGGGCUGACCUAAAUUCCAAGAUCGAAGAACUCACCGAGGCUACUCAUGUAUUUGAGGUCGUCGGUCCAGAAGAGAAAGGUUGGCCAACGGCCUCAUCAGCCUGUGACAUUCUCCAGUCUGCACCGACCAAGGCGCUCCAGCAUACUCUCGAAGCAAUAUCACCAAAUUUAGCAAAUGCGCAUUUUAAUGCCGUCGACCAGCGCAACUUGAACAUCCUGUCUUAUUUCUAUGCUAUCUUUCCAUCUAUUACAUCGAUGUCGUUUCCAUAUCCAUCCGCUCCUCUUCGUCAAAUGACAGCAACCAAAUGGGAGACCUCUCAUCCUCUCUGUGCCCAGUAUCCGUACGAGGUGGACUGGAGUCGGGCAUUUGACCAAGUCAUCCUUAUUGGUGCAGGCUACGAGGACGUGAUUCCCUCUGAGAUCUCCAACGUCUUAAAUGGCGCGAUCGUUGGUCUUGUCGAAUGCGAACCUGGAACCGAAGAUCCAGUGUAUCUAGACCCGUCUGGCGCCCGAGAAUUGCCAUACGUCCAAGCCAGACAUCCGCCCGUACCCUCGACCUCCACUUGCCAUGGCCUCGCUCUCAUUCGUGCCAUCUCGCCUAGCUCAUCGCACAUGCAUAUACUCACCCCGGUUUCGCCCGCUAUCCUUGCACGCUGUCGGGUGAUCGUCAAGGGUGAGCUAGAGCUGCCUAUCUGGGGAAUGCUGGAUUUCACGGACGCAAAUGAAGGGGUCGCAGGUGUGGAGAAGGGCCGCGUGCCAUAUUUGCAGUGGGGUAAGAGUGAAGGCUUGGGCGGCGAGCGUAGGAGGGUGAGGAGAAAUCUCAUGCGAAAAGCCCAGAUGUGA